UGUUGGUUCCUGUCUUAUUAGACCCUUUCCCCCUUCUCCGCAGAGUACACAAUAGUAGCAUGCGCCUCUUCCAGUCUUGAGAUUUGUUUGGAGGUUUGCUGGUUCCCGGACAUCACAAACAGGGGCCGUUUGCUCCUUUCUUAUCAUUGAGCAUUGCUUGGGCCCUUCUCUGCCAACCAACGACUCCAAGUCGUCAUGGCUACCAUGUCGUCUGCGCUUCGUCGCAGCUACGAUUGGGAGGCCAAUGACAAUUCAUGGGGACCCCAGAAUGGCGACAAUGCCGAUUUCACCUUGGUCUUUGAAAAUUCCAUCUUGGCCAUCCUGCCCGCUGCCUUUUUUCUGGUGAUCUUGCCUAUGCGCUUGCGGUACCACUGGAAGAAACCCAAGGUAGCCAUGGCCGGUAUACUCUACGGGGCACGUGUUACCGUCACACUGGCUAUGCUUGCGCUUGAAAUCGCAAAGGCUGUCACUUGGUGUACGCGGUACAAUGACUCGUCGCUUGCCCUACUGUCUUCGACGUCCAUAGCUGCGGCUAUUCUCGACUCGAUCUCUACACUUGGAGUAUUGAUGGUAGUGCAUGCAGAAUACUUCCAUGCGCUGUACUCUUCGUCUUUUCUUGGCGCUCACCUCUCGCUCUGCAUCCUUUUUGAUGCUGCCAGAACUCGAAGCUUUUGGCUGCGACCUUCUUUUGAAACUGUGAGCUACCUCUCACUGGUCAUUACAAUUCUCAAGUUUGUUCUUGUUGGACUGUUAGAAACCACCAAACGGCUCAAUCUCGAGCGCGACGGCAACAACAAAACCCCGCUCUUUGGCGAAGCCAAGGGCGGCUUCUGGAGCAGACUCACCGUUUUCUGGGUCAACUCUACCCUCAUCACGGGCUUCAAAUACCAAUUGACCGUCGCAAGACUAGGAACACUAGGCCCAGACUACUCGGCUGCUGAAAUAUCGGCACAGAUCGCCCCGUUUUGGGAUGCUGCGGAUCAGACAUCGCCAAACGCCCUGGCUUGGGCGGCGUUAAAAGGAUUUUUUUGGUCCUUUUGGGCCGCUGGAAUCCCUAGAGGUAUGCUGAAUGCCUUCAAGUUUAUGGCGCCAUUUGUGGCGCAAAAAGUCAUCGUCUUUCUCACAGAUGAUAACCCUCCGAGUUACGCGGCAGGAGGGUUGGUUGCCGCCUCUGGUAUGGUCUACGCAGGAUACACGAUGUUUGUAACAAUGGAACAAUAUUAUAUGAAUCGUCUCGGGACGAAGAUUCGUGCCGCGCUUGCGACGCUGAUCAUCAGGAAGAAUCUUCGUUUGAGCCAUUCCAAGGCUAAAGAAGCAGCAGCCAUGACGUUGAUUACAACAGAUAUUGAAGCUCUUGUUCUAUCGAUGCAGCUGAUACACUCACUAUGGGCCUCUAUCCCAUCGCUGGGGGUGGGCUUGUAUGUGCUCUGGAUCUUUAUUGGCAAGUCAUUCUUCGUCGUGACCUUUCCCGUAUUCCUUUCACUUGGCCUUUCCACGUAUUUCGGAGCAUUUAUGGGACCAGCUACCAUUGCAUGGAACACGGCGGUACAGAAGCGUGUCGCAGCUAUGAACGUCACUCUCAACCAUAUAAAAGGCCUUAAGAUGAUUGGUCUCGAUAGGGUGAUGGCAACCUACGGUCAGGGGCUUCGUGAUUACGAAGUCCAGGUUUCGAAGGGUGUUCGUAAGCUUCGCUUGUGGUACAAUGCGUUUGCCGGGAUUGAAUGCUGGGGUACCGCUACUUUCCUGAUGUUGGGCGGCACGGUCUGGACAGUUUGGCGUGAUGGUAUUGAUAAUGAGACGGUUUGGCCUGCGCUCGCGUACAUUGAUCUCUUGACCGAGCCCAUCUUUGUCCUUUUCAACAUCUAUCCUCAGCUCACUGCCAUGUUAGGCUGCUUCCAACGCAUCCAGGAUUUUCUAAACACGGCUGAACAUGUCGACUCUCGGCGUCUUAUGCAGCAAAGUGAGGACCUUAACGAUGAUAAAGAAACAGCCACCUCUACUGUCGCCAUCACGCUGUCGAAUGUUAGUGUCAGAGGAAAAGAUGAGAAGAACAAAGUUUUGAAAGAUCUUGACUUUUCCAUCAGUCAAUCUGCUCUUUGCAUGGUAGUUGGCACCGUUGGCACCGGCAAAACCGUCUUCCUCAAAACAUUGAUAGGCGAGACGGUCAUCGACGGGGGUACGUUGGAUAUUUCAACCAAGUACUUUGCAUACUGUGACCAAACAGCAUGGAUGCCUGAUGAAAGCAUCCGAAAUGUCGUUGUCGGAGAUUGUGAAUACGAAGAGGGUCGAUACCGUGAAGCUGUCGAAGUGUGCAGCCUGUCCUACGAUAUCUCGCAGUUCCCAAAACGUGAUGAGACACUUGUUGGUCACAACGGAGCCAGCAUGAGUGGUGGCCAAAAGCAAAGAUUAGCACUUGCCAGAGCAGUGUACUCCCUCGCCCCAGUCGUGCUAUGUGACGAUAUCUUGAGCGCGUUAGAUGCAGUUACAUCUGUUGCUGUUUUCGAAAACGUGUUCGGCGCCAAUGGCAUCCUGAAACGACAAAAUCGCACUGCAAUUUUGGCCACUCAUUCGGUGCAAUGGCUCACCUCUGCAGACCAAGUCAUCGUGAUGGAAAAUGGUACUGCGAAACCCCUCUAUGAUGAAAAUACCAUUCUAGAGUAUUCAAAAACGGCGGUGCUCUCUGCACACCGUGACACCACCCAGGAUGAUGAUGAGGCCGUCCAGGGCCGCAAUGAUAAGCUCGAGCUGGAGAUUGCCAAAGCCGCUCAAGCGACCCGCGGCAGUAAUCCCAAGCUGUAUUCUUACAUGCUACAAGCUGUCCCUCGAUGGCAAAUCAUUGCAUUUUUCUGCGGAUUCGUCCUGGUUGCCCUUUCCGAGCGGUUGCCUAGUAUCUACGUCCGAAUCUGGGUUGCCGUUGCGCCCAAAAGCAAACUCUACUUGAUUGGUAUGGCCGCGUUAUGGUUGGUUGACAUGCCUCUCUGCUAUCUAAAUGGCUACCUCUUUCAGUUGAUCAUGGCUCCUGUCAUAGCGUCGAGCUUGCAUCGCAGGUUCAUGGAGGCAGUCAUGGCGGCUAAACUAACAUUUAUCACGGCUACGAGCAAUGGUGGACUAUUGAACCGGUUCAGCCAAGACAUGACUCUUAUUAGUCAAGAGUUGCCUUCUGCAUUCGUUGGUGCCGUUUAUUCGUUUAGCUUCAUGUUUUUCAGCGCCAUCGUCAUUCUUGCUGCGGGACAGUACUCUGUUAUCUUCAUCAUUGUCGUCCUUACUGGAUUUUAUCUCAUCCAACUAUUCUAUCUCAAAACGUCGAGACAGAUGCGUUUGUUAGAUAUCGAGGCAAAGACUCCCCUUUUCACCAGUUUAUCCGAAACGCUUUCUGGUAUUGAACAUAUCCGCAGCUAUGGUUGGCAAGAGGAUGUCAUUGAGCGCUGCAUCGGGUACUUGGACCAUUCCCAGGUGCCAUUUUACUUUAUGAUGUGCAUUCAACGAUGGCUAUUUCUGGUGCUCAAUUGUGUGGGCACUCUGCUAUCGACUGGCCUGACAGCCAUGGGAGUGUACUUGAGCAAGACUACCAGCCAGCCGUCUCUGGGUCUUGCGUUGGUAGGCAUUCUACACUUUAGCAUUUCUGCGAGCAGAUUCGUGCAGAAAUGGACUCUUCUUGAGACAUCCCUUGGUGCUAUGGCUCGCACCAAGACCUUUGAAGAGGAGACGCCGACUGAGAAAGAUGAAGGCACAUCGCCGCCACCCGCUAACUGGCCAGCGAACGGAGUGAUUGAAUUCACCAAUGUCAGUUCAAAGUACAGCCCUGAAGAGUCGUCGCCGCUGAUUCUCAAGAAUAUCUCAUUGAAAAUUGAAGCCGGCAAAAAGGUUGUGAUCCUUGGUCGCACAGGUAGCGGAAAGAGUACUAUGAUUCUUACGCUUCUCAACUUCCUAGAGAUGCAGGGCUCUAUCACAAUCGACGGUCUUGAUAUUUCGAAGGUUACACACGGAGACUUCCGCAAAGCAAUCACAACUAUUCCCCAAGACUCGGUCGAGAUUUUGGGGACCGUUCGAGAUAACCUCCUGCCGUUUAGCAUGUUGCAACGACUUGAGUACACAGUGGAAUCCGGCAAAUUUGGAGUAACGAAAAUGACAAAGAACGAUAUCACGCAGUGGUCCACGUACCGUUCUGAGGAACUGGAGACGGCGCUGACCCAGGUUGACCUCCUUGCCCACGUUCUAAAAAACGGUGGCUUGGACACGCCGAUGAAAGACAUGCAUUUCUCGGCUGGUCAGAAACAGCUAUUCAACUUGGCGCGCGCUAUCUUACACAAGAAUGAUACAGGCAGCCGCGUCGUGCUGAUGGAUGAAGUAACGAGCAACAUGGAUUAUGAGACGGAUGUGAAGAUUCAGGAGGUCAUGGAUAAGGAGUUUGGCGAUUGUACGCGUAUCAUCAUCUCCCACCGAGCUACUGGAUACACAAAUUGUGACAUGCUGGUGACGAUGCACGAGGGAAAGAUUGUCGAAGUGAAGGAUAUGCAUGGAGAAAUGAUUGUAGUAUCAGAAGAUGACGCUGUACUAUCGGAGAAGCAGUAGGUCGAGUGGCGAGUCCAUGGAAAAUAGUUUGAUUAAAUACACGAAACAAAGUUCUUUUUAAAAUAGGC